AUGGUUGAGUUUAGUGCCUUCAUAGAGGAUAUGGAUUUGGUUGAUGUGCAUAGCUUAGGUGGUGUAUUUACUUGGUUCAAUUCUGCGGGAUCAUCGAUGAGUAGACUGGAUAGGUUCCUCCUAUUGGAUAAAGUUGUCUCUAAUUGGAAGAUUGCUGAGAUAUAUUGGAAAAGGGCCGAAUCUAUCAACAAUAUAUGGAGAAGUCUAAAUGUGAAGAAGAAUAUUAUUAGGCAAAAAUCUAGAUUGAGUUGGCUUAAAGAAGGUGAUUUGAAUACUUCUUUCUUUCAUAAUGCUAUGAAAGACCGGUUCAGGAGAAACGCCAUUUCAUUUGUCAACACAGAUGAAGGUAUUGUGGAGAGCAUAGAGGAGUGGAGUAGGUUACCUUUUGAAGAUAGUCAGACGUUAGAGGAGUCUUUUUCUGAUAGUGAAAUUAGAGAUGAUGUGUGGAGUUGCGAUAGUAACAAAAGUCCUGGGCCAGAUGGUUAUAGAUUUGGUUUCUUGAAAAAAAGUUAUUGGGAAAUUUCCAAGGUAGAUGUUUUCAGGUUUGUUAAAGAUUUUCACUCUAAUGCAAGAUUGUUCAAGGCGGUUACGCUCAUUCCAAAAGUUUUGCAUCCUCAACAUCUUAGCAAUUACAAACCAAUAUGCCUUGUUAGCUGUUUCCAUAAGACCUUAGCAAAGAUCUUGACGGGCAGGCUGAAAGUGGUGUUGGGUUUUGGGAUUAAAUGGAAAGCUUGGAUGGAAGUCGUUGUGUUUUCUAGCUCCAUGUCCACAUUAGUUAACGGGAGUGCAAUAAUGGAUUUUCGAGUGGAGACAUGGCUUCGCCAAAGCGACCCUUUAUUGUCGUUCCUUUUUGUAAUUGCGAUGGAGGGCCUUACUCAUUUAAUGAAGAAAGCGGUUGUUUUGAAAGAGUUUUCCGGUUUUUUGAUGAAUGAUGAUGUGUCUUUCGACAUUCUUCAGUUUGUCGACGAUACUAUUAUCUUUGGUGCAGGAAGUUGGUCUAAUUUGUUAAGCAUAAAGGUUAUUUUGAGAGAAUUCGAGUUUGUGUUAGGUUUAUGCAUUAAAUUACGCAAAAGUAACAUUUUUGGAGUUAAUAUGGACACUCAUUUCUGA